AUGGAUGUAGAGUCUAACCCUGGUCCUGCUCAGUCUGAUAAUAUAAAUUACCGUUCAACCAAUAAUACGAACACGGCUAAAAUCUCGUCAAACCAAGGUAACAUUAAGAUUGCUCAUCUAAACAUCCGUUCCCUAAAGAACAAAGAGCACUACCUACUGGCACAGGAUCUGGUCCUAAAACAGAAAUUUGACAUUUUCACCAUCUCUGAAACUUGGCUGGACACCUCUGUUACGGAUACUGAAAUUGAAUUCCCGGGGUAUGGUCUGUUUCGACUUGAUCGCAAUGGUAAGAGGGGAGGUAGUGUUUCUGCCUAUGUCAACCAAAGCUUCAAAUGUGAGCCAAUGAAAGAUCGAUCUGCCCUACAUUUCGGAUCUGGUUUACAUCAGUUAUGGCUAAGAAUACAAGUUAUGAACUUCAGGUCAUUUUUCAUAUGCACAGCUUACCGUCCACCUGACACCAUCUUGUUUUGUUUUGAAACUGAUUUCAGCGAAACAUUAACGUCAGCUUUGUCCUUUAACAAACCGAUCUACAUUCUGGGAGAUGUCAACUGCAAUGUACUUAAUUGA